CGGAUUCCUAUUUGCUACAACUCUACUCUUACCGACCAGCACUGUUAACAGCUCUAGGCCUCCAUCGGCUACCACAUUUUGGGAUUUGCCGAUUGUCGUUUUUAAUAAUAUUAAUGUAUUGUAAUUUAUAAUAUUAUUUGUUUUUCUAUUAUUGAAAAUUUUUUUCAACCUUGGUACUUUAGAAAAAUUGAUGAAUGAAUCACAGUUAUAAUGAGUUAUUGGAAAAAUUUUGACGUUAAUGUGAAUGAAUUAAAAGAUUACUUCAAAACACAUAAGUCUGUCAAAGAAUUUCAAGCGCAUUCGUCAAAAGUACAUUCAGUUGGUUGGAGUUGUGACGGCAAACGUUUAGCCUCUUGUUCAUUUGAUAAAUCUGUGGCUACAUUCACAUUGGAUAAAGACCGUUUGAACAAGGAAUACACAUAUAAAGGACACAGUGGUAGUGUGGAUCAGUUAUGUUGGCAUAAGUUUAACCCAGAUUUACUGAGUACAGCUAGUGGUGACAAAACAGUCAAAGUAUGGGAUGUGAGACACCAGAAAUGUUCAAAUACUAUUUUGACCAAAGGAGAGAAUAUUAACAUCACAUGGUCUCCUGAUGGACACACAAUUGCUGUUGGAAACAAAGAAGAUUUGAUAACUUUCAUUGAUAUGCGCACCCUUAAACCAAUCAGUGAGCAACAGUUCAAUUUUGAAGUGAACGAAAUGUCAUGGAACAAUGAAAGUGAUUUGUUUUUCUUAACGAACGGUUUAGGAUGUGUCUAUGUGCUAAGUUUUCCAGACUUAGUUCAACGGCAUGUGGUAAAAGCUCAUCCAGGUACAUGUAUUUGUAUAGAAUUUGCGCCAAGUGGCCAUUAUUUUGCUGUAGGUUCGGCAGAUGCUUCUGUGUCAUUAUGGGACCUUGAGAAUUUGGCUUGUGUACAGACUUACACUAGAUUGGAUUGGCCAGUUCGAGCUUUAAGUUUUUCGUAUGAUGGUAAAAUGUUAGCAUCAGGUAGUGAAGAUUUGUAUGUGGACAUUGCAGAUGUUACUACAGGAGAAAAGAUAACUGAUAUACCAAUUGAAGCAGCAACAUUCACUGUGGCAUGGCAUCCAAAACAGUAUUUAUUGGCAUUUGCAUGUGAUGAUAAAGAACAAUUUGAUAGGAAAAAAGAUACUGGAAAUCUUAAAGUAUUUGGAUUUAGUUCUGAAUAAUGUAUUGAAACAAUAUAAUCUUAAAAUUAAUUUUUAUGUAUAAAAAAAUAAAUAGAAUAUAAAUUUGUAAAUAUAUAAUAUAUAUUAUAUAUUGAAGACAGAUUUAUAAAUAAUUUUAA